AUGGCUGCAGAACAAACAUUAUUGCCAGAUCCAACAGUUGAAGAUAUUAUACAUUCAGAAGUUCAAGGUAUGGCUGCAAUGACAUUUGCAUAUAUGUGGAGAUUUAAAAAUAAGAAUUCUUCUCAUGAAAUGGAUGAAAUUAAAAAUGAAAGAAUAGAAAGUAUCAUUGAAUAUACCGGUUUGUUUAAAAAUGAAAUGAAAUUUGCUAAAAAUUUUAUUCGACGAUGUGAUGUAGACAAUAAAAAUAUCAUAGGCAAUAAAACAUAUGCUUCUUUUGAAAAUAUGUUCUACAAAAUUGUCAUUGGUCAUAAGCAAUUUAAGGCUUUUCCAAAACUCAACAGAUGCAAUGACUUCAAUGCUUUUAAAUUGUGUCAGGUACAUGAUGAUUGCUAUGACAAUAAUCAUAAUUAUGAUGAAAUUUGUUCUGGUUGGAUAGCAAAUUGUCAAAAAGCAUGGGUUAUUAAUUUUUGUCAACGAAUGGAGAGAAAUCAGACUAGUGACAAAAAUUAUUAUUGGAUAAAAGUUAAAGAAGACGAUGAUUUUAUAAAUUAUGGUGAUACGAGCUAUUCAUGUCAAUUAGAACAAAAUUAUGAAACUUUUUACACAGAUAUUUUAACGAGCUUUAGAAAUAUGAUUCGUCCAAUGUAUUGUGAUUGUGUGGAUGAUUAUAUUCAUACUCAAAGUGAUACAAUAAGAGCUAUUAGUUUGUUAUGGUCACAAACGAGUGAUAACAUGGUAGCAACUGGUGCAAGACUUGUUGCUAAAGAUCGUAUGAUUCAUAUUCAGCUUCGAGAAGGUAAACUUUUGCCCUAUGGAGAAAUUGAUAAAAAUACUGAGAGAUGGGUACCAAUUCCAACAUUUAAAUAUAAAAGAAAUUUUCCUAAUGUGGCUAUUUAUAAAAAUGGAACAGAGUAUACAUUGGAAGAAAAUAAAGAUUUUCUUCCAAUACAUCAUUUGUAUGCGAAAACAAUAUGUUUACAAAAACUGACUUUUGACGAAAAUCAUUUACUGACAGGUGUAAGGUUUAAUUAUGAGUAUCUCGGCCAAGACUUAGAAAGACAUUUUAAACUUGAAGCAAAAUAUGUUGGUUUUAAUUAUGAAUAUGGAAAUAUAACUGCUCAAACAAAAUAUCAUGAACAAUCAUGCAAACAGCUACCUGAAUUGAUUUUAAAUAAUCCGGAUGAUCCACUCAAAUUUAAUACACAUCCACAUGAUUCUAAGAAAAAUCAAUUUAUUACUAUCAGAGCAUCAGACUUGAUUAAGGAUGCAUCACAAACAACUAUUCCAUUUUUUGAUCUUCUAGAAAUUGCACCUAACACAAGCCAACCAAUUACGGCAAUUGAAUUAUUUCACAAAGGACAACUUGAUGGUACAUCUGGUGGAUAUGUUUCUUUAAAAAUUUAUCCAAUAAAUUUAACUAUGUAUAUGAAUCUACCAUUAAUUAAUGAUAGUUUAAUUAUUGACAAUACAACGAUACCUUAA